ACUGAUCGCGUCAUAAAAUCGAGACGCCUACCACCAAAACAAACCCUUUUCGCUUUCAGCCAUGAUCGGCUCUUUAUCCACCCGAACUGCUUUGAUUUGAGGCUGAAAAUGAUUUCUCUCAACUACAUCCUUCUGGGGGGGCAGUUCCUUCUGCUCCUGACCGUCAUUUUGUUACAAUGUUUAGCGGGAAUUCACUCCCAAAACUCCAGCAGCCCCACAGCGGAGAGCCAGACCUCCACCUCCACAGCGGGGCACACGGCCACGAUGCUCCCGUUCACCGAGCAGCCCUCCGAGGUGAUCCAAUACGAGAUCCCCACGGAGAACACGACCCAGGCGGAGUACGAGUACAAGCCCCCGUCCCCCGUGGUCCUGUGCAGCUAUCUACCUGAGGAGUUCAUCUUCUGUCAGGACCCAGUGGACCACGCAGGGAACUACACUGCUCUAGAGGAACUGGGCCAUGGAUGCAUCGGGUGGGGAGGUCAGACUCAGAAGGAGGUGAACCACACUCGGGUCAUCUGCACGGCUCUCGACGACAUCGAGUGUGCCGGACCCAGAGAGUUCCUCCGAGGAAGCGUCCCCUGCAUCAAGUACACGGGUCACUACUUCAUCACCACGCUGCUCUACUCGUUCUUUUUGGGCUGCUUCGGCGUGGACCGCUUCUGCCUGGGUCACACAGGCACCGCCGUGGGGAAGCUGCUGACCCUGGGAGGCCUGGGCAUCUGGUGGUUCGUGGACCUCAUCCUGCUCAUCACCGGGGGUCUGAUGCCCAGCGACUACAGCAACUGGUGCACGUACUACUGAACGCACUGAAAACCAAGUAAAGGGUUUGAGGUUUUGAGUUUACUGAUGAGGCUUUGUGCUGUAAAUAUUGUCAAAGGGACUAUUUAUGAUGGACUAUGUAAAGAAUGACCACAUAUCAUACAAAUACACAUGUGCAGUAUGUAACUUUUCUAGUGGGGGGAGGGUCCUCUACCUGCUUGUCUGGAAUGUUCCGCAGUAUGGCAUUAAAGGGCCCAUGUUACUCAUGUUUUCUGAUCUAUAGUACAAUGUUGUUUCCUCAUCACAAACAGACCUGGAGUUGUUUUUUUUCAUUCACACAUUUAACACACAAAUCCUGCAGAUUUAGACUGAGUUCUUCUCUCAAACAGAAAACACUGUUCCACCUUGUGAUGUCAUGUGGAAAUACAGGAAGUGCUCCACUACUAGUGCUACUAAUCGAAAGGUAAAAGGUAAUUAGACUGUUUUCAGUUUGAGAGAAGAAAUCAGCUUAAAUACUCAGGGUUUGAGUGUUAAACGUGAAUAAAACAAAACACAACUUGAUGAGGAAAUAACAUUAUAACAUCGAUCAGGCCCUUUAAGCGUGUGGAUCUUGUAUUUAUUUAACAGGUGUUUUUAUGGCUACAAAUAUAUACUGUAUUUUUUGGACUAUAAGGCGCACUUAAAAUCCUUUAAUUUUCUCAAAAAUCGACAGUGCGCCUUACAAUCCGGUGCGUCUUAUGUAUUAUUCUAGUUGUGCUCACUGAACUCGAACCGAUUUCAAGUGGUACACAGCGCAUAUAUCUCUCAAAAUGUUUUAGUAUGAAGCCACACCGCUUUGUCAGAGCAUUAAGGCUACCGUAGUCAGGAGCCUCGUGGAGUAAAGGGCGAAGUAUAAUUCUGCGUCAACUCAAAGCACACUGCAGCCGUCGCCUUGUCGCAAAAAGAACACUCAUAUUCCACGGAGUCGUGUUCUUUAGUCCGACAGAAGCUGAACUACAUCAGUGCACAAGGAGCGAGCAGUUUUUUCAGCGCUUAUAGUUUAUGCAAAUUAACCACGUGGUUUUAAGUUUUGUUUCUGUAAAACGUAAACAAAUGUGCGCAAAGCUGUAUUAAACACAUUAUUACUCAAGGUAUAUUUGGAAAAAAAAAAAAAAACUUAAUUAUUCACCCUCGUUUACAUUCAUAAAACACAUUCACCAAGACAGGGAGACGCCAAUGGAUCGUGGACGCCUGGGCUAAGGAUCAGUCUCAAGUGUCGUCCGUUUGUUUUUCUUAAUGCUCCUUAUAAUCCGGUGCGCCUUAUGUAUGAAAAUAGACGAGAGAAUUCAAAAUUAUUGAUAUUGCACCUUAUAAUCUGGUGCGCUUUAUAGUCCAAAAAAUACGGUACAGUGAAAAACAUUCAUAGAUCUGACCUGUAACACGGCCUGAUAAUCCUGCACUGAACACCAAUAACAGCAAUAACAUCUCCAUGACAAGCACAUGACAGACUCUCCACCAAGAAAGUUAUGUAGUGCACCUUUAAAGAUGUAUGUAAGAUAUCGGGAUAUACUGUAAUAUACUGUAUAUAAUGUCUAUUGUCUUUGCUCAAUAGAGGUCUACUGGAUUGUGACAUCUUGUGGUUGGAAAAAUUCAAUGGUUAGAAUAUAAAGGAUAGAAGAGACUUUUUAUACUUGUUCUUUGUUAUAAAUGUAAGACUGUUUCUUAUCGUUUCAUGUUAAAAUAUUGUAGGUUUUUUUGGUAAUAUAAAAAAAAAAGAUACACUCUUUGCAAAAUUGAAAUCAGUUUUUCUUAAGUUGGUAGUCAAACGCUUCACUAAACUACUGUCUCCAGAAUAUUACUGUCAAAAUCUGCCAUCUUUGUUCAGGUAAAUGUCCAAAAUUGCUGCAUUUGGCCAAAAAUAUAUGACUAAAAAGUAAAUGUAAGAGAGGUGCUCUGUCUGUAUCUCUAAAGCUCAAAAUGCUCUGUUCCAACUUGUGAUGUCAUGAAGCUGUAGUUUUAAAGUUAACGGCUUUAGUUACCUUUUAGUGAAGUAGAAAUGGGUAAUUCCAGAGCUGAAAUGAUCCAAAUGUUUCUAUGAUUGAAGGAGUUUAAAAACACAGUGGAGAGCUUUCCUUAAGUUGGUGGUCAAAGGCUUCAGUCAUUAAAAUGUCUCCUGGAUGUUACUGUCAAAAUCUGCCAUUUUUGUUCAGGUAAAAUGUCCAAAAUUGCUGCAUUUGGCCAAAAAAUAUAUGAUUUUAAAGUAAAUAUAAGAGCAGUGGAACCACCUCAUUUGCUCAUUUACUUGUAUACAAUUGUGUUUCGUAAACUGUGGUGGAUGAAGUACUCAGUUUUGUUACUUAAGUAAAAGUACAGAUACAAGGGCAAAAGAUUUUACUCAAGUUAAAGUAUCACAUAGAAAAAAAAUGUACUUAAAUAAAACCACUGAAGUACCUGUUUAAAAUUGUACUUUAAGAGUAAAAAGUUAAAGUAUUUUGUAGAUAUUUUAAGAAUAAUUAAAGCAUCAAAUGUGGUGAUUUUGUUAAAGAAUUCAGCUGAUUUUAAGUGAUUCAAAUGAUGUCUUGAUUGUUCUAGCUGUCAUUGUGUUUCUGGUUUGCUCAAAGUUUAACUAAGUACUUCUUACUUUUCAGUCCAGAUCUAAAAUGUAGUGGAGUAGAAAAUACACAUACCUGCUCUCAAGUGUAGUGAAGUAAAAGUAAGAAGUAUCCACUGUAAAAUGUAUUUAAAGUACAGAUAUCUAUAAAUUGUACUUAUUGUACUUUUACUUUUGUUCUUCGUUACCUUCCACCACUGAAAAUUACUGUCCAAUUUUUAAUGUGGUUACUGUUAAUGUAACUUUCUGGAGGUGGCAACUGCCUGAUUCCAUGAAAAUAAAAUGUUAAAACCACUUUUUUUCUCAGUGGAGAUAGACUUUUAUGCCAUACUGUGGAAUAUUCUAACCAAAGGAAUAACAUUUCCAUGGAAACAAGCAGGAAACAAGUAACAGUCAAGUUUGUGGAGAUUUGAGUGCACUCGCUGUAAGGAUGUAUGUUUUUCUGUGCAAUAAACAACCAAAAUAAAAAACAAAACAAAACAAAAAACAUGCCUUUAUUCUCUUUAAUGGCUAAAAUGUUACAUAAUGUGGCUUUAAAGGUCCUAUAUUAUACAAAAUGGACUCUUGUGAGGCUUACCUUCUCAAAAACAUAACCGGAGUUGUGUUUUGUUUCAUUCACACAUUACACUCCCGACAAGACUCAUAUUCAUUUUAGCUUUGGCCAACUUUUAAUUUUGGACUUUGGUUAAUUUUUUCCACGAGCAUUUUUGGAUUUUCUGCCUCUUUGCAAGAAGUAUGUAUUUAUAUCAAAUGAAAAUGUUUUUUAGCUAUUUAAAUUAAAUAUGAGUUUAGUUUUAUGAAUUUGACCAAAAUGAAUGACAAGGCUUGCGUUCAUUUUAGCUUUGGGCAACUUUUAAUUUUGGAUUUCGGUUCAUUUUUAACAAGCAUUUUUUAAUUUCUGCCUCUUUACAAGAAGUAUGUAUUUAUAUCAAAUGGGAAUGUUUUUUAGCUAUUUAAAUUAAAUAUGAGUUUAGUCUUAUGAAUUUUUUAACAGGAAUAUUGCAUUUUAAUUUUCAGGGCACUAAAGGGGCAAUUCCAGGGCUGAAAUGAUCCAAAUGAUUCUAUGAUUGAAGGAGUAUGGAGUUUAAAAACACAGUGGAGCGCUUUCUGUAUUACCA